AGCCGCUUGUGGUGAAUGAAAGGGCAUGUAUCUGUGAGGUACCAGAGGCUGAAGGAGAGCGGCCCGGCCCGGAGGUACCGACCCCGCUCUGAUAGCUUCUACCGGGGCAGAGCCUGCGUGAUCUUCCUCUCGACCCUGGACAAUCCCAUCGCUGCCGCCACAGCUGGAUUCGUUACACACAAUGUCGCACAAUAUGAACACAGAGCGCUGUUUUUACUCCAAGCAAGAGCUUCUCCAUAGUGUCAGCGACUAUGAACUGGAAUCUUCUGAAUCCCAAGAGCAGCCAGAAACACUAGCACCCAUAAGUUCUCCAGAAUCAUACGAACCCCAAAAUAAUAACAUCACACCCAAGAUCAAACCUCUAGAGAACGACGCGCGUGAAAUCAAAUUUGUGCCCUCGGAAAGGGAGAACCGGUGCGGCUGGGGGUUGCUAACGCCAAAGUGCCUUCAGGUUUUCAAUAACCCCAAGGGGGUGUUAGUUUUUCUGUGUGCGGCUUCUUUCCUGCAAGGGAUGACCGUCAAUGGCUUUCUCAACACCGUGAUCACCACAAUUGAACGGAGAUUCUACCUGCGCAGUUACCACACCGGACUGAUUGCAAGCUCUUAUGACAUCGCGGCCUGUUUAUGCCUGACGUUUGUCAGCUAUUUCGGAGGAAGUGGGCACAAACCUCGCUGGUUGGGAUGGGGUGUCUUUAUUAUGGGCAUCGGCUCCUUUAUUUUCGCACUACCCCACUUCUCUAAUGAUUCCUAUGAAAUCAACUUCAAUUUCGACACAGAAGGAUGUCGCUCCAACCGCACACAGCAGCUUCCAGAAAGUGCCUCAAGUCUUUCCAACUAUAGGUUCGUUUUCAUGUUGGGCCAGUUCCUUCACGGGAUUGGGGCCACUCCGCUCUACACCCUGGGGGUGACGUACCUGGAUGAAAACGUCAAAUCUAGUAACUCCCCUGUGUAUAUUGGUAUAUUUUAUACAGCUGCCAUUGUUGGACCCGCCGUUGGUUACCUCCUGGGGGGGUUCUUCCUCAAUAUAUACACUGAUAUCAGCAGGCAAACUGAUCUCACUCCUGGGAAUCCCCUUUGGGUUGGAGCCUGGUGGAUUGGAUUCUUGGCAGCUGGAGUGGCCGGGUUCCUCAUUUCCUUGCCGAUAUUAGCCUACCCCCAGCAGCUACCAGGCUCCCAACGUUACAUGGUUAUGAGAGUAUCUGAAGCGCAUCAGGUGAAAGAUAGCGACUCCAUUAAAGAUCCUGAGUUUGGAAAAACCAUUAAGGACCUGCCAAAGUCACUCUUGAUGCUUCUCAAGAACCCGACGUUUGUCUUCCUGUGCUUAGCGGGGGCCACAGAAGCCACACUGAUUACUGGGAUGUCGACUUUUGGGCCCAAGUUCCUGGAAUCUCAGUUCAGCCUGAGUGCAUCACAAGCUGCCACUUGCUUUGGAUAUUUGGUGGUUCCUGCUGGAGGCGGUGGCACUUUCCUUGGGGGAUUUAUAGUGAACAAACUAAAACUGAACUGCUCAGCAGCAAUCAAGUUCUGCGUGAUCUGUACGGUGAUUGGUCUGCUGUCAAUGUUCGUAUUCCUGUUGAGCUGUCCCAAUCUGGAGCUGGUCGGAGUCAACGCCCCAUACCGGGAAAGCGUCCUGCUGGAAGGCAGUCAGAACCUGACAGCGCUGUGUAAUGCUGACUGCAGAUGUUUGGAAGAGAUUUACAGCCCGGUUUGCGUAGAGGGUAAUAUCACGUAUUACUCGGCCUGCCACGCCGGCUGCUCCGAGGCAUAUUCAGACAUUAGGAAUGACCAAAAGGUGUACCAGAACUGCAGCUGUGUUGCUGGAGCAGUAGUUGUUGCGGGGAAAUGCCUGUCUCCCUGUAAUACAAUGCCGCUCCUGCUCGCCUUCGUAUUUUUGGUGAUUCUCUUCACAUUCCUGUGCAGCGUUCCUGCAUUAACGGCGACUCUCAGGUGUGUUUCUGAUAAUCAGCGCUCCUUUGCCCUUGGGAUCCAGUGGAUAUUAGCCCGAGCUUUGGGAGCCAUUCCCGGUCCUAUUGCCUUCGGUUCCAUGAUCGACAUCUCAUGUCUACGCUGGCAGAAACAAGGAGGGGCAAAUGGUUCCUGUUAUUUCUAUCAGAAUUCAGACAUGAGCAACUACAUGCUUAUGGCCGGACUGGUGUACAAGGUCCUGGGGCUGCUAUUUUUCCUGUUUGCCUUGUUUCUGUAUAAGCCUCCGCCUCUGUCCCCUUCAGGUGAGCAGAAAGGGACCAACUGCAUUAAGGGCAAUGCUGAGGAAAUCCACAAAGGACGGGAUAUAACCAGCACUCCAUCCUGAGUGCCAGCUCCUCUCUGGUCUCUCGUUCGGUUUCUCAAACACUAAUGUGCAGUGUUGCUUCUGUCCAGCAGUCUCUUCUGGCGUUGCAGGGAACUCUCAGUUAUGUAACAGUUGCUGCGACUGGCGUCCCGAGGAAGUGCUACACUACACAGUGUAAAAGGGCUCGGCUGUUACUACUGGUUUCUGCAGUGCGUUAAUGCAGAGAGGUUCAGCCUUAGAGCAUUUGAUACAACAGGUUAUUAUGUUUAUCUGUAUGUCAGAUUUAUUCCGGGGGGGGUCCCGAAGUUAAAAAAAACCAAAAAAACUUGAUUUAUGUUAAGUCUGAUAACGUGUUCUGCAGAUAAGAACCCUCUCUGUCCCUAUGCCCUAGAGGUGCUGUGGGGCCCAAUGAGCCUUCAAUAGAGGCAGUACUGCCACGUGAAAAGACCACACAUUUCACAGUUCAAGUGACAGUAAAGCAGCUUGCCAGUUCCAGCAGGAACAGCAGGAGAAUGUGCGACUGCACCUCAAUGCGCUCUAUACACCAGACUGGCUCUUUUUCAUGAUUGGGCCACACAGUAAUUCAUUAUAAGGAAUUAGGUCUCGUUAAUACAUGGUUGUGCCGACAUAUCAAUAUUACAUGUAUUACUUUUAUUUAUCCUUUAUUCAGCAUACAUUUUCUAUAAGCAUUUGAACCGGGAUCCUUUGAGGUAAGUUAUUAGCAGAAAUCUCCCAUAUAUACAGAACUGUUUAUUCACGACUUUUCAUAGACGUGUAGGCUUAUUAUAGAUAAACAGAUUCCACUUCAGGGUUCUUAAGGCGGCCAAAUGAGAGGAUCUUCUCCCGAUAUUGGGCUAAUUCGAUCACUUGGCCCUAGGGCCAAAGGUCGAAUUAGAAUGGAGGGCAUAGGUGCUGCCUGAUAGAGACGGGUAGCCCCGCCAACGGUGCCUAUACAAGCUGCUGAAUCAGCCCCUGUAUGGCUACCUUUAGAGAUCUGGCCACAGAAAGUGACCACUGUACAAUUAGCAGAGAGGGCCCUCUAGUGGCAAGGCCAGAGAAUUGCAGUUUCUCAUACUGAAUACUGAGGCCGUUUCUGUAUUAAACGUUCCCCAUUCCCUGUUCACUUAAGUAACUAGCACAUACACAAGCCCUGCUCUUUGUAUUGAACCAAGCACAUAAGAAAUGUUUAUAUGUUUAAUAUUCAUAGCUGUGCCCUUAUUCUAUUUUCAUGCAGAUCUGCAUGUUCUGAUCCAAAAGUAGCCUGGGAAUUGAACCCGCACACAAGCCUAAACUGACCUAUAACAUAAUAGUGACACCCCAUACUUAUACAGUCUGUACACUGAGAGAGGCAGAGCCGACUGCGAGCUAUAGUGCAACUACACACUUUAGUUUAAAAGACAAGGAAAGUAUCCUUAUCCACUAAAGAGUUGUGUUCAGCAACUACCUAUUGUUGUAUGAAGGGCUACUACUUAUUAUUUAUACCAGAGGAAAUAGUAUUUAUGUUUCUAUUUAUCACAAUGUUACACACGGGGGGGGUACCUUUAAUUCCACUGUACCUUUUCUUUGUACGAAUUGUUAUUUUUGUAUAAAGUUUGAUAAAAUUCAGAUGAUACUUUA